UGGUGGGCGAGCGUUGUGACGCGUGCGCAGCGGGGCACUUCUGGGCGGGCCCGCGCUGCGCGCCUUGCUACUGCGCGCACGUAGCUGAUGCCUGUGCGCCUGCGCAUGAUACGGCGGACCCGCCGAGAGAUGUCAUCCUGCCCAUGGGAGAAGCUUGGCUGAUCAGCGACAUUAUGGCAAACGAAACCUUGGAACCUUCCAUUGAUGAUCAUGGAAAACCCUUUCUCAUUAGUUACGAGGUAGAAGGCUGGGAGCUAUACUACUGGAUUACACAGUCGUGGGGCGGGGAACAACUCUCGUCGUAUGGGGCGGAGCUUCGCGCCACUAUGUUCUGGGGGGUGGUGCGGGGCGACACGGGGGGAAACCCCACCGUUGGGCCUGACGUCAUACUUAUAGCUGCUGAUGGUACAAAACUAGCGUUCGCAAACACCAGUCACGAGCAGCCGGGGCAGGUGGAGAUAGUGGCGCCUCUAGUGGAGGGCCACUGGUACUCCUUCGAGGAGGCCUCGGAGCCUGCUACUAGGGUGCAGCUCAUGGACGUGCUCAUGGACUUGAAGGCUGUCAUGCUGAGGGCGCACUUCCACUUCGACCAGGACGAGGUCCGCCUCGAAGGCGCAGAAAUCCGCGGCAGUUCAUCUGUAGACAUAGCACGCGAGACGUGCGCGUGCCCGGCGGGCUACGGCGGCGCGUGGUGCGCGCGCUGCGCCUGGGGCCACGUGCGUGUGCAGCGCGCGCCGGCCGCGCGCCCGCGCAUCGAGUGCGUGCCGUGCGCGUGCAACGGACACGCUACGUGCACUGAGGUGGAUGGACCCUGUGGGGAAUGUCAACACAACACUACCGGGCCACACUGCGAGCGAUGUUUGCCAGGACAUUACGGGAAUCCGGUGCAGGGCGCGUGCAAGCCGUGCGCUUGCCCGCUGUAUGAGGCGUCCAACAACUUCAGCCCAAACUGCGCGCUGGCGGGAGCUUCUGGCGACGCCUUCGUCUGCACGCAGUGUCCUGACGGCUACACCGGCGACCACUGCGAACACUGUGACUUCGGCUACUGGGGCUCGCCCACCACUCCAGGCAGCAGCUGCCAACCGUGCGCGUGCGGCGGCGCGCCCUGCCACCCCGACACCGGGCUGUGUCUUACCUGCCCGCCGCAUACAGAGGGAGCGCGAUGCGACCAGUGCGAGGAAGGCUACUGGUUCGGGCUAGACAACGGCACGGGCGCGGGCGCGGGCGCAGCGUGCGUGGCUUGCGCGUGCGGCGCGGGCGCGCUGGCGGCGGCGUGCGACGCGCGCUCCGGCCUCUGUGCUUGCCGUGAAGGCUUCGCGGGACGCGCGUGUGACCGCUGCGCCGAGGGACAUGGAGGAGUCGAGCAAGGCUGCCCGCUCUGCCGCUGCGGCACCGCAGCUCGCAACAACCGCUGCGACGCGCUGACGGGCAAGUGCGUGUGCGCGCCCGGCGCCGCGCCGCCAUCUUGCGACGUGUGCCUCGACCACCACUACGGGCUCGACGUCACGGGCUGCUUGGGCUGCAACUGCUCGAAGCUCGGGUCGGAGAGCAACGCGUGCGACAUCCGCACGGGGCAGUGUCGCUGCAAGCCCCACGUCACCGGCAGAGCCUGCGACACCUGUGAGGAAGGCUACUGGGGCCUACACGGCGGCGGGUGCCGGCGGUGCGCGUGCGGCGCGGGCGCGGCGGCGUGCGACCCGGUGUCGGGCGCGUGCGCGUGCGCAGCGGGCGUGGGCGGCGCGCAGUGCGACGCGUGCCUGCCCGGGUACUAUGGGUUCGGGCCCGCUGGCUGCUUACCUUGUCCAAAAUGCACGCACGGCAAGGUGUGCUCUCCGGACAGCGGGCGCUGCGUGUGCCCGCCGCGGUCCCGCGGGCCGGGCUGCAAGCUGUGUGCGCCCGGGUACUACUCGCGGCCCAACACUUUAGGAUGCCACGCUUGCAGGUGCGGCCCUGGUGCUGUGUCAAACCAGUGCGACCCCCAAUCCGGGCAGUGCAAGUGCAAGCUGGGCUGGGUGGGCGCAGAAUGCGACCGCUGCGCCGCUGGUCACUUCGGCCCUAAAUGUAGACCAUGUCUCUGCCACGCGGACGGAACCAAAGACUGCGAGGACGGCGUGUGCCCGUGCGAUGAGGAGGGGCGGUGCCCUUGUAAGGAAAACGUAGUAGGCGACAAAUGCGACCAAUGCCUCGAAGGGACCUUCGGGCUCUCAGCGGCCAGCCCGUCGGGCUGCACGGCGUGCUUCUGCUUCGGGCGCGCCGCGCGCUGCACGCAGGCCGCACUCUCCCGCGCCGCCGUGCACGCCGCUGCACCGCAACACGUCACGUUGUUAAAGGGAGACCAGAAUGUUACUAUGGACAUAGACAAACCCUUCACCAUCCACCCUCAACACCCAGACACCACCAUCUCCCUCCCCUGGCCGCCUGUCCCCGUCUACGUGGCCUUGGACCGACGGUUCCUGGGCGACCGCGUGACGUCAUACGGCGGCGCCAUGCGGUUCACGGUGGAGGAAGAGGGAGGGGAGGAGCUACCAGUGGAAACCAUGGCGCUGUUCCCGCUAGUCAAGAUUGAAGGGAACGGGAUUGUGCUGAAUCAUUAUCAGCGAGUACCAGCGCUGAACGGUACAUACGCGGUGCGUCUCCACGAAUCCCUAUGGGAAGUCCGAGGACAAGGAGCGCUUGCUACUAGACCCGCCAUCAUGGCCGCUCUUCAGAACGUGGAACGAAUACUACUCCGGGUCACCACCAGGGCGCCGACUUACUAUGACCACGUGCACGCCUUGCUUCUCAACGUGUCCCUAGACACCGCCAUCCCCGGCCUGAGCCGGUCAGAGCCGGCGCUCGGCGUGGAGCUGUGCGAGUGCUCUGAGCGGUACUCAGCACCGUCUUGCCAAGAACCUGCCAUUGGCUUCUGGAUGCCCCGGCAGCGGGUCCACAUAGUCAACGUGGCGGGGACUAUCGUCAUUAACUUAGAAGGGGACGCGCAGCCUUGCAGGUGCAAUGGCAGGGCUGACAAGUGUGACCCGAAGACUGGAGCUUGCUUGAACUGCACGGGCGGCACGGGCGGUCCCACGUGUGCAGUAUGCGCGGAAGGCUACUUCGGCUCGCCCGAGACAGGCUGCCAGGCCUGCCCCUGUCCUGACCGCGCCAACAACUUCGCGUCGGCGUGUGCUAUGAGUGGCGGCCGGCUGCAGUGCUUGUGUAAACCUGGUAAGCUAUGUCUAGUGUUAUACACAGUGCCAGGGAUAUGUGAACUGGGCUACUUCGGGUCGCCUGAGACAGGCUGCCAGGGAUAUGUGGGCAGACGCUACUUCGGCUCGCCUGAGACAGGCUGCCAGGCCUGCCCCUGUCCUGACCGCGCUAAUAACUUCGCGUCGGCGUGUGCUAUGAGUGGCGGCCGGCUGCAGUGCUUGUGUAAACCUGGCUACACGGGCCCAGAGUGCGAAUGGUGCGCCACCGGCUACUACCGCUCCCCAGACGGCGGCUGCUUGCCUUGCGGCUGCGACGCGAGGGGUGCAGCGGGCGCGGCGUGCGACGCGCGUGGCCGGUGCCGAUGUCGCGCACGCGCUACUGGGGACAAGUGCAGCCGAUGUCGAACACGCGGCGAGCAUAUGGAUGAGAGUGGUGUUUGUACACCUUGCGACAACUGCACUCUAACCUUAUUGGAGUCCGUCGAAUUUCUAUCCAAAGACCUACGGACCCGAGCAGACCCCACCGAACUGAGUCGCAUCCCUAAGCCCUUCCCGGCGUUGCUAGAAUUCGCCCACAACACUUCUCAACUGCAGACAUCUCUACACCACCUCGCCGAAGACCUUCAGAACACCAACAGCAUUGAACCUGCCAUCAAGAACUUGGAAGAAAGAGAACACCAGUUAUUCACAGAAGCAAACAGACUGAAAAGCGAGGCUAUUAGAAGAGGAGACGAGUCUUACUCCCUUAGCUUGGAAAGCAUGAGUGGUCUAGAAGAAGUGCUGAAGCAAAGAAGAAAACUAGGGGAACAAGUGGCAGCAUUAGAUGACUUCGCUCGGGGUGAGAAGCAUCUGUCAGCGCAUAGAGCCUUGAAGGAAGCGAAGCAUCUCAUGAGGAAGAUAAAGGACGUCAAGCUGAUCGACUAUCUAGCAGGAGCCGCUGAUGUUUUUGAUACGGCCACCCUCCAAUCAACAGCCGUCCAGGAGUACGACUAUCGGUUAGAGGACGUUCAGCGACGCGUGCGCAAGCUCCAAGCAGCACUAGAGGAGUGGGAGCGCCGCGCCGACGACGUGCCGACACUAGGGGGCGCCGCGUGGGCCGCGGGGGACGCGCUCGCCGCGCUCGACGCCCGCGCGCGGCCCCGCCUCGCCGCGGUCCGAGACACAGCGCUGCGCUGCCGCCUGCUGCUGGAGGACAUCAGCUCCCUCUCAGCCACCAACUUAACAGACGAGAUCACAUCUGCCCUACUGGUGGGGCAGACACUAGCUGUGCGAGCCCCGGGCGCGGCGGCCGAACUUGCUUCCCUCGCGAAAGCUGCAGAAGAGAAGGAGGGCAUCCUCUACAACCUGACUCCAGCCUACAGAAGAAAGUACUUGGAGCCUGUGGAGAGACACGUGGCUGAGCUGAGUGAGAAGGCCAAGCAGUACAAAAUGGUGUUCAGCGGCGCCCGAGCGGCUGCUUCCUUAGGCGUAUCAGCUGCCCACGCGUGGGGCGGCGUAGCUGAGGCCGUGGGCGCAGCACGUUCCGCCGCCGACACCGCGCGCGCCGCCGCCGCCGCCGCCGCUACUGCCUUCUCGCAAGAUUCCGUGCCUAGAGCGGCUGCUGCGGGGAUCGCGGCGUCGAAUGAUCUGAAGAAGCGGGGUGCAGAACUGCUGGCUAGAUCUGAUGAGCUCCGCAACAAACUCGAGCACCUCCAACGAGCAGCGGACGUGGUCUCCGUAUCCCUCCGCGCACUAGGCUGGGGCGAACGUGCGCUCGGCGAGCGUCCGCGAGCACGUGUAGCUGAAACAUUACGCGAGGCGGGUGUUCGCGCGGACCGCGUAUUCGCGGCGGCUCGCGCGCUGUACGACGAGGCAGCUGAACUGCGGCGCCGAGCGCGGUACAGCUUGAGGAGACAGCUGGCUGAGUUACAGAGACAUGNAAGACAUGGGGACACGCAGCUGGGAGCAGCCGAGGAGCACGGUGGGUGUUUAUGUCUCUCGUUCGUUUCAGCCGAAAGACGUCCACUGCUGGACAAAGACCUCCUCCAAGGAUUUCCACGAUGUCUCUCGUCGACCCUAUAUACGCGUCCUUUGUACAGUCUUGUAUCCAAUUGAGCAUGCUCAGGUG